AUUUAUUUAUAUACAACUAACUUAAUUAAAACCCCUCUAUGCCAAUCAAAUUCAUCAUGUCCACCGCACCCCCACUUCUCACGCCGCGCCACGUCGCAGUAAUCGGCGCCGGCGCGGCGGGUCUGGUAGCAGCGCGCGAGCUCCGGCGAGAAGGGCACCGGGUGGUUGUUUUCGAGCAAGGGGAGCAAGUGGGUGGCACGUGGGUGUACACUCCGGAGGUGGAAUCGGACCCUCUCGGUCAGGACCCGAAGCGGAGGAUUAUCCAAUCGAGCAUGUACGAGUCGCUCCGAACGAAUCUGCCUCGGGAGAGCAUGGGGUUCAGAGAUUACCCGUUCGUGAGGAAAGAUGGGAAGGAGAGGGAUCCGAGAAGGUACCCGGGUCACAGAGAGGUGUUGAUGUAUUUGAAGGAUUUUGCUGCGGAUUUUGAGAUCGAUGGUGAAUUGGUGAGGUUUCAGACGGAGGUGGUGUUUGCUGGGUUGGGUGAGACUGGAAAAUGGAGGGUCACAUCGAGAUCAUCCAAUGACAGUGAUUGUGUGGAUGAGAUUUAUGACGCUGUGGUUGUUUGCAAUGGACAUUACGCUCAGCCACGACUCGCUCAUAUCCCAGGCAUUGAUGCAUGGCCAGGGAAGCAGAUGCAUAGCCAUAAUUAUAGGACACCUGAGCCAUUUCAACAUCAAGUUGUAGUUCUAAUAGGUAGUGCUGCUAGUGCGGUUGAUAUCUCUCGAGAAAUCGCAACGGUAGCUAAAGAAGUCCACAUUGCAGCUCGGUCAGUUGAAGAAGAUAAACUUGGAAAGGUUCCUGGCCAUGAUAAUCUGUGGCUUCAUUCUAUGAUUGACAGUGUUCAUGAAGAUGGGAAAGUGGUUUUCCAAGAUGGAAGUGCAAUUGCUGUAGACUGCAUUUUACAUUGCACAGGGUACAAGUAUGAUUUUCCAUUCCUUGAAACCGAAGGCUUGGUGACUGUAGAUGACAAUCGGGUAGGACCAUUGUACCAACAUGUUUUUCCACCAGCGUUAGCUCCAUGGCUUUCAUUUGUUGGGUUGCCUUGGAAGGUUAUUCCUUUCCCCUUGUGCGAACUGCAAAGCAAGUGGAUAGCUAGUAUCUUGUCUAAUCGCAUUGCCCUUCCUUCUCAAGAGGAGAUGGCUAAAGAUAUUGAAGCAUUUUACGUGUCCCUUGAAGCAUCUGGCACUCCUAAGAGCUACACUCAUAACUUGGCCUUUGUUCAGUGGGACUACAAUAACUGGAUUGCGGAUCAGUGUGGGGUUCCUGCAGUUGAAGAAUGGAGAAAGCAAAUGUACAAGGCCGCGUCUAAGAGCAAGCUCGUGCGACCUGAAUCUUACCGUGACGAGUGGGAUGACGAUGACAUUGUUCUACUAGCUCAGCAGGAUUUUGCCAAUUAUUUGAGAGAAUGAAAUUUGAUAUUUAAAAGUAACAAUGUAAUGAUAUGUUUAUAACUUAUCCAUUAAUUAAGAUAUGAUAUUUAUAUGAUCGAAUAAUAUAUUCUCACAUUCAAGACUUGAUAAGCAGUAAAGUUUUCUACA